AUGACUAUAGUAAUAUAUAAUCGUGAAUAUAGUUCCUUUAAUAGUGUUUUAAGCAGCACAAUGACACAAAAUAAAAAUAAAAGUGGAUUGCUAAAAAAACAUUUUUGCUCAAAUUUUGUUGAUAACGAUUGUGUUAAAAUUAAAGUAGUAGGCAUUAUAAAUACUGUUGCUUUCCAAAAAGCUCGAAUAUGCGCAGAAAAAUUGCAUCAACAUUUGCCAUUUAAAUAUGCAAAGCCCCAGAUUAUAGAAAUGUUUCAAAUAGAUUGGCAUGAGUAUAUUCAAAAAAAGAAAAGGCAAAUUGGAGGUAAAAUAUGGUUAUUAACUCAACCUGUAGCAGUCUUUAUAGAUGAUGAAUAUAUUGGUUGUGAUGCAGAAUUUUUAUACUAUAUAAGUGAGUCUUAUAUUUUUAGUUUACCUAUUGGAAUAGAAUAUUAUGAAACUCUUGCCACAGAACGGUGUAAGCAAUUUAUGGAAAAAUCCAAGAGAAAGUAUGUUUAUUUUACAUUUACUGUAGAUGGUUCUAUCAUUGGGUCAUUUAUGUUCAUGUUGUAUUCUGAUUUGUUACCAUUGACUUGUCAACAUUUUUUAAAUCUUUGUACUGGGUAUGAUGAAGUAACAAAAACUUAUAAAGAUUCUUACUUUGUGAAUACAUGUGUACAUCGCAUAGUAAAAAAUGGAUGGCUUCAAUGUGGAGGCACUGUACUGCCUAAAAUCAAGGAUUCUGUAAAUGAUGUUAAGAUACCAGAUGAAUCUUAUUGCAUUCCUCACGAUCGUCGUGGAGUUCUUUCAAUGGUAAAUAGUGGAAAACAUUCUAAUGAGUCCCAAUUUAUUAUAUGCUUAAAACCUAAUCCUUGGAUGAAUUAUUUCUAUGUUGCUUUUGGGCAACUAGUAGAUGGUGCAAGAGCUUUAAAAACGUUAGAAAACAUGUCAACAUACUAUGAACAGCCUAUAAAGCAAAUUGUAAUUUCAUAUUGUGGAGAAUAUGUCUUUUUAGAUGAACCUAAACUGGAGACAGAAUCGAAAGUUUUCCUUGAACACAAACCACCAUUAAAUGUUGAAGGAGAAGAUACAAAACUUAGCGAUAUUGCUUUUGAUUUUUAUUCUAUCACGCCAUGGCUUGAUAAUAUCAUGGAUAAAAUAGAUAUUCGCGAUGUACCAUCAAUUUUAAUGGCUGAACGAUAUUUAAAUGGUCUCUAUAGUCUUUCGACUGAUUAUUUACCAGGAAUGGAUAUGCGUAUUUAUGAAGAAAUUCAUUUAAUUUCUAAGAAAAAAUAUGAUACCACUGCAGCUAUGCUUCGUGAAUUACUGUUGAAAUUUCAUCCUGAUUCAAUGACUCAAGAGGAAAAAUUAACGUUUAUAUCAGAAAUUUCUAAGAUCAUCUUGGCUUAUGUUUUCUGUUAUGGAGACAAUAAAUUUUGUUUAGAACAUAUUUCAAUCGAUACUCGUGAGAUUAUACAUAAAAUAUUAGAAGUUGCACACGAAAUAGCAUUGAAAGCUAUUUCAAGAGCUGAAAUUUCACAUAAGUGCGGAGAUUUAAAAAUAGCUAAGAUAUUUGAAGCAAAGCAAAUUAAUUCCCAUAUGCUUAUCUCAGAAUCUUGUAUAUUAUUAUUACAUGAUAUAUUAAAUGAAGCCGUAUUAUGUUUGAUAAGAUCUGUCGACAUACAAGAGUAG